GCCCGCGCCCCGGGGCCGCCCCUCGCGCGCGCUCUCCCGCCGCGAGCCCGGGCCGGUCUCGUUUCGCAAGGUGCUGGCCGCAGCCAUGAGCCAGGACGCCGAGCCCAGCGGCGCCGAGCAACCGGACAGAGAUGCCCGCAGCGUGCCCGGUGCCCCGGCGCCCCCGGCGCCCCCAGGCCCGAGAGGGAUGCAGCCGCCGCCACCGCCUCCGCCCCAAGCCGGCCUACCCCAGAUCAUCCAAAAUGCCGCCAAGCUCCUGGACAAGACCCCGUUCUCGGUCAGUAACCCAAGCCCGCUGCUUCCUUCGCCCGCGAGCCUCCAGCUGGCUCAGCUGCAAGCUCAGCUCACCCUCCACCGGCUAAAGCUGGCACAGACGGCCGUCACCAACAACACCGCGGCCGCCACCGUCCUGAACCAAGUCCUCUCCAAAGUGGCCAUGUCCCAGCCUCUCUUCAACCAGUUGAGGCAUCCGUCCAUGAUCAGCUCCCCGCAUGGCCACACCGGGGUGCCCCAACACGCAGCAACCAUGCCCAGUGCCCGUUUUCCCUCUAAUGCAAUUGCCUUCUCGCCCCCGGGCCAGACACGAGGCCCAGGGCCCUCUGUGAGCCUUCCCAGCCAGCCCCCCAAUGCCAUUGUGAUGCACCCUUUCAGCGGGGUCAUGCCUCAGACCCCUGCCCAGCCAGCAGUCAUCUUGGGCAUUGGCAAGACUGGGCCCACCCCUGCUGCAGCGGGAUUCUACGAGUAUGGCAAAGCCAACUCGGGCCAGGCAUAUGGCUCUGAAACUGAUGGUCAGCCCAGUUUCCUGCCAGCCUCGGCCUCUACCUCGGGCAGCGUGACCUAUGAAGGGCACUACAGCCACUCAGGGCAAGAUGGCCAAGCCGCCUUUCCCAAGGACUUCUACGGACCCAACGCCCAAGGGUCGCAGGUGGCAGGUGGAUUUGCGGCUGAGCCGGCCGGGGGCUUGAAAGGCGAGGUAGGUCCGCUGCUGCAGGGUCCGAACAGCCAGUGGGAGAGCCCCCAUGGAUUCUCUGGCCAAAGCAAGCCCGAUCUUAGAGCAGUCCCCAACCUGUGGCCUCCAGCCCCCAGCCAGCCCUAUGAGCUGUAUGACCCCGAGGAGCCCACCCCAGACAGGACCCCUCCUUCCUUUGGGGGUCGGCUCAACAACAGCAAACAGGGUUUCAGCGGAGCCUGGCGGCGGGCCACGGAGGAGCAGGCGACGCUGUCCGUGCGGCCCUUGCAGGCGCAUGAGCUGAAUGACUUUCACGGUGUGGCCCCCCUCCACCUGCCCCACGUCUGUAGCAUCUGCGACAAGAAGGUGUUUGAUCUGAAGGACUGGGAGCUGCAUGUAAAAGGGAAACUACACGCUCAGAAAUGCCUGCUCUUCUCUGAAAACGCCGCUGUCCGGUGUGUACUCGGUUCAGCAGAGGGAACACUGUGUGCCUCUCCCAACAGCACAGCCGUUUAUAACCCUGCUGGGAACGAAGAUUACUCCUCAAAUCUUGGAACAUCAUAUGCGGCCAUUCCUGCGAGGUCAUUUACUCAGUCAAAUCCCGCAUUCCCUUCAGCUUCCCCAGGGACAAAUUUUGCGCAGCGGAAAACGGGUGCUGGCCGCGUGGUACACAUCUGCAAUCUGCCGGAGGGAAGCUGCACCGAGAAUGACGUCAUUAACCUGGGGCUGCCCUUUGGAAAGGUCACUAAUUACAUCCUCAUGAAGUCUACUAAUCAGGCCUUUUUAGAGAUGGCUUACACAGAGGCUGCCCAGGCCAUGGUCCAGUAUUACCAAGAAAAAUCUGCCAUGAUCAAUGGUGAGAAGUUGCUCAUUCGGAUGUCCAAGAGAUACAAGGAAUUGCAGCUGAAGAAACCUGGGAAAACCGUGGCUGCCAUCAUCCAGGACAUCCAUUCCCAGAGGGAGAGGGACAUGUUCCGGGAAGCAGACAGAUACGGCCCAGAAAGGCCAAGAUCUCGAAGUCCGGUGAGCCGGUCAUUGUCCCCGAGGUCCCACACUCCGAGCUUCACCUCCUGCAGCUCUUCUCACAGCCCCCCGGGCCCCUCUCGGGCCGACUGGGGCAACGGCCGGGACUCGUGGGAGCACUCUCCCUACGCCAGGAGGGAGGAAGAGCGAGGCCCGGUCCCCUGGAGGGAGAACGGGGAGGACAAGAGGGACAGGACGGACACAUGGGCGCAUGACCGCAAACAGUACCCCCGGCAACUGGACAAGGCCGAGUUAGAUGAGCGACUGGAAGGAGGGAGGGGCUACCGAGAAAGGCACCCGAGGUCUGGGUCCCCCAACCCGCUCCACUCCGCGUCGGGAUACAAAAGCCGAGAAGACGGCUACUACCGCAAAGAGUCCAAGGGCAAAUCGGACAAGUAUCUGAAGCAGCAGCAGGAUGUCCCUGGGAGGUCCAGGAGGAAAGAUGAGGCCAGGCUGCGGGAAGGCAGACACCCCCCGCCUGACGACUCGGGCAGGGAAGACGGGCUGGAACCGAAGGGCACCAAGUCGAAGCAGAGUGAGAAAACCAGAACCAAGAGACCUGAUAGAGACCAAGACGGAGCUGAUAGGAAAGAAAGCAGAAUGGCAGAGAAUGAGGCUGAAAAAGAGGAACAGGACAGCAUGGAAGAGAGACCCCUGCAUCUGGGCAGGCAGGAGAAAGAAACAGAGUCCUCUGAUGCAGAGAACAAAAAGGCAAGGAAGGAGCAAGAUUCGGAAAGUGGAAGUGAGGCAGAGGGGGAGAGCUGGUGCCCCACGAACAUGGAAGAGCUGGUUACAGUGGACGAGGUGGGGGAGGAAGAAGAUUUUAUCAUGGAACCGGACAUCCCAGAACUGGAGGAAAUUGUGCCCAUUGAACAGAAGGACAAAAUCUGUCCAGAAAUAUGUCCCUGUGUGACAACCACCUUAGACCUGGACUUAGCCAAAGAGUUCACCAAGGAGGGAGUCAAGACCGUAGGUAAUGAGGCUGCGGAAAUCAGCCUCAAGUCGCCCAAAGAGCUGCCUUCUGCUUCCAUGAGCUGUCCCCGUGACAUGGACGUGGAAACGCCUGGCCUAAAUCUGGAUGUUGAGCGGAAGCCAGCUGAAUGCGAGACGGGCCUCUCACUGGCGGGCUCAGAUUGCUACGAGAAGCAGGCAAAGGGAGGAGAGAGCUCAGAUGUUCGUCUGGCCCCUACACUCCAGCAAAUGUCUUCCCCCAGGCCAGCAGAGGAGAGGGCCUGGCAGCCUGGCCCCUUUCUUGAUGACUGUAAGGCCAGGGAGACCCUGGAAGAUGGGGCUGGUGAAGGCAGCCCCUUGGAGGAGAAAGCCAGCCCCCUCACCGAAACAGACCUCCAAAGCCAGCCUUGCCAAGGGGUGUCGACCCAGGAUAACUCCAGGUACAUGGAAAUGAAAUCUCUGGACGUGAGGUCACUGGAAUACGCUGAAGUGGAGCUGAAACAGCCCCUUUCUUUGCCUUCCUGGGAACCUGAGGAUGUGUUCAGUGAACUUAGCAUUCCUCUAGGGGUGGAGUUCGUGGUGCCCAGGACCGGCUUUUAUUGCAAACUGUGCGGGCUGUUCUACACGAGCGAGGAGAUGGCAAAGAUGAGCCACUGUCGCAGUGCUGUCCACUACCGGAACUUACAGAAGUACUUGUCCCAGCUGGCCGAGGAGGGCCUGAUGGAGACCGAGGGGGCAGGCAGCCCUCGGCCCGAGGACAGCAGAAUCGUGCCGCACUUUGAAAGGAAAAAGCUUUGACAUCCCUGCCACUACUGCAAGCGGGGAGAGGAGGGCCUGAGAGGUGGGGCCUUCCCGCCUUCCGGGACAGGAACUAAGGCCAGAGAGGAAGGAAGACCAGGCAGGCCACGUGGCCUGGGUCCGUCCUCAGAGACUCAUGAAAUGCCCCUGAAGCAUCUGCCGGAGGCCUCACCGCGGUGUGUCCAGUCUGCUGAGGGGCACCCACUCUCUCCCUGUCGACUCCUGUUUCCUUCAAAGCAGCCUUUCAGUUUGCUUCUCUCUCUUCCUCCCCAUCCCCCUCUCUCUCCCUCCUUCUGUGCCCAGGGUCAUUUCCAUUUUCAUAAAAUCCAACUUCUCAGGGAUUUUCACAGUGUUCCGAUUCUUGAUGGGAUAGGACAGGUCAAGCCAGCCUGAGUCUUCCAAAAAAAAAAAAAAAGAUUUCACGGAGACUCCUGGGUUGAGAACCACGCCAGUGAACCUGGAGCAAUUUCUCUGCCUGGCGUCCUGUGUGUGUGGGGAGCUGAGUCGGGUCCUGCAGUCCUGGAGGGGGGAACCCUAGAUAGUCAGUGGGGCAGAAGCUGGGAGUUCCUCCAGCUGGACCACCUUUCUGAAAAGCCCUGAUUUUCAUAACUCUUUAAUCCUCUCCGUCGUUCUAGAAGCCCACCAGAUUCAUGCCUUAAAAUAAAAUUUGAGGAGGAAAAGAGCCCUUCAUUUUAGAAGCUCUGAUAAGUUCCCCCAAGAUGUAUUUCCUUCCUCUUGAUUUCAGGAGAUGCCAGGGUUUGUUCUACUCUGGACAGUGAAUUUGGUCUAGACUCACUUUAAGUAAAAAUGAAAACAGAAGCAUCUUCCCCCUCCAGUUAAAACAGCAGAAGGUCAGGGCUUCCGUUGAAGGUUGGCCUCCCAGCUGUAAAUGGUUGGCUUGGGAGACACCAAAACGAGGAAGUGGCAUCCACCCUUGACUCGCCCUUUGGGGCCUACACUCUGGGCUCCAGCAGCCUCACAGCGGGAUGGUUUUUAAAUGGUCUCUUGGAGGCAGGGGACACAAAUGAGAGAGAGGACUGCAGGACUGAGGAGCAUUUGAGGGUUGCCAGGUGUUUGUAGGUGGACCCUUUCCAACUAGGCAGAAGGUCAAGGGCAUCUCAGAGUUGACCCCGUGUGCAGACUUUGAUAUUAAAUGUUAUGCAGCACAGAGCUCCUUCCCACCAGGCUCUGCCAUACUGAAAGGUCAGUGGCUUCAGGCCCCAGACAGAACAGGCUGCAGGGUCUGCCAUCCAUUGGAAGGGUCUGGGAAAAGGUGCUGGGGGGAAAUGAGGCUCAGCUGCAGCCCUGGAGAAACCCUUGAGAAGGUCAGAGGGGAGCCUGGUGCUACUUCGUCAAGCUGAGACACUCGCCCGGAGGCGGCCGCCCCAGCUCUGCCCCGGGAGACGGUUCCUGUGUUCUAUUCCUGACCACAGGCAGGCAGACUAGGUCGAGAUUGUGUGUUUUUAUUUUAAUUUUUUGCUUUUUUCUUUCAAUGGUAGAUAAGACUCUACUGCGCAUUCUGUCCUCCGCACUAAAGGCAGAAGGGUAGAGAGAUUAUCUGAGUUGGAUACUGACGUUUUAUCAGUGAGGAAACUGAGGCGCGGAAAGGAGGGAGAAACAGAACAUAAGAGGAUCACGUGUAAACCUGGGGCAAGUGGUCGCCGGCAAGGAGACAACUGUGGGGGACCUGUGAGAGGGAAAAGUUCAGGCGAGCACCAGAGGCAAACAGUCCAGCUUGGACAGGUAUAGGGAGAGGCUGGAGGCAGCAGGGAACCUGAACCUGGCAUCAAGCAGCUGGGGCCUCAGCAAGGUGAGUGUCUCGAAGAGAGUACAGUUUGAAAGUGGUGACUCAGCCCAGACCUGAUCCCCUCGCUGACUCCUCUGUUUUUUUAACCUGGUGCUCUGGAAACCCACCUCCUCCAUUUUUCGGAAACCUUUGACCCUGUGUGUCUUCCUUCCCACUGGUGGGAAGUCAGGAGACAGCUCUCUGGCCUCCUUGCUGAACCUUGCUGGGAAAAACCUAAAGGCUAAAACUGCAUUUUCAGAGAUGCUGGCAGUCUUUUCUCCCAGCAAAGUGGAAGCUGACCCUGCCAGCUCAUCCCCCAAGCAGCGUUUCCAUGGAAAUCUGGAUGGCUGUUCCAACAGUUGAAUUCCCUGGUAAUGUAACAGCUCCCUUGCUGAUAGACUGACCUUCCCCAUAUCUUAAAGCUGGAGAAUGGCCCUGUGAAGGAGAGAGAAGAGGCUCUUUGCAGUCAAUCAGAACCUUUAGUUUAAAAAAAUCAUCUAAGAUCCUUUUUCUGUGUGUAUAUAUAUA